UUCCCCACUCCCCCCUUCCGUUUCCUCGGACCCCACCACCGCGCCCCCCGCAUCCCUCAGAUGCAGCAGCCGCCCGCCGAGAUGCACCCCGCCGUCGACGCCCCCGCCCCCGCGGCGCCCCAGCCGGCCGCCGCGCAGGCCGCCGCCGCCACCGCGAGUGCCAGCGACACCGUCCCCGCUUCCGAUCCCGCCCCGCCCGCGCCGGCGCCGGCGCCCGAGGCGGCCGAUCCGCCGCCCGCUCCGGCGCCCAAGACCGUCACGUGGAGCGAGAAGCUCACGUCGGACUCGCCGACGCACGUGCACGCCGCCGCCGCCGCGGAGUCCAGCCAGUACGUGUCCCGCGGCCCCCCGGCCUCCUCGUCCAAGGGCGCCGUGGAAGCGAUGAAGGAGACGCUGUCGAGGUGGGGGAAGUCGUGGGGGGAGACGACAAAGAUGGUCGAGAGCCUAAGCCGAGACACGUGGCAGCACUUCAAGACUGGACCUAGUUUAACUGAAGCUGCUAUGGGACGCCUAGCUCAAGGAACUAAAGUUCUAGCAGAAGGAGGCUAUGAAAAAAUAUUUAAGCAGACGUUUGAAGCUCUUCCAGAUGAGCAGCUGAAAGUAUGCUAUGCAUGUUAUCUUUCAACAUCAGCAGGUCCUGUCAUGGGAGUCUUGUACAUUUCUACAGCUAAGAUCGCAUUCUGCAGUGACAAUCCUCUCUCUUACAAAGCUGGAAACAAAACUGAAUGGAGUUACUACAAGGUGGUCAUUCCUCUUCACCAGCUAAGAGCAGCUAAUCCUUCAGUGAGCAAAAUAAAUCCUGCAGAGAAGUACAUUCAGGUUGUUUCUGUUGAAGGUCACGAGUUCUGGUUCAUGGGUUUUCUGAUGUACGACAAAGCCGCAGCCAGCCUUCAAGAAGCCCUGGCUAGUGCUCGUGAGUUGCAACCAUAAAGACAUUAAAUGGAAGAUUUUGGUUACAUCAUUGGGUGUCUCCAGUUCGGAACCAGGAUUCCUUGGCUUCUGAGUGUCUCCUGUCUCGAAUCCUCUGCACUGAAGCUUUCGACACGAUACACUCACUAGCUUGCACAGUGGAAUUGUUUGUUAUUCCUCCCUGUGUUGUAAUCAUGAGAUAUAUGCUGGAAAGCACUGCACCUGUCCAUUUUGAGUGCCUUAGUUACCGACAUUGAAAUGUGACAGUGUUGAAUGUUUGUUGAGAACUUGCAUGUCAAGGGCCUAGGAAAAUGGAAUGGAACCGGUGGCCAAAAGAAAACACCUACUGAUGCUA